AUGGCCAGACUCAACAUCCCGAUCGACGUCCUUACGUCUCGCUUCAACAUCGGCGACCGUUUCUCGGGCCUGCGCAGCCAGUCUUUCGGUCAGCGCUUUGCAAAUAUCAAGCCAAUUUCCGAGUUCCUCGAUAUCAAGAGGCUUUCCAAGCCCAACAACUUCGCUGAGGUGCAGAGCCGAGUCAACUACAAUCUCACCUACUUCUCCAGCAACUAUGCCGUCGUCUUCGUCAUGCUCAGCAUUUAUAGUCUCAUCACAAACCCUUGGCUGUUGUUCGACAUCAUCUUCGUGACCUUCGGCAUGUGGUUCAUUGGUAAGCUGCAAGGCGGAGAUCUUGAGAUUGGCACUAUCAAAGCCACUACCUCACAGCUCUAUACUGGCCUGCUGUGCAUUGCUGUCCCUAUUGGCUUCUUUGCGUCGCCUUUCAGCACCAUUCUCUGGCUCAUCGGAGCCUCCGGCGUAACCAUCCUUGGCCACGCAGCUUGGGCUGCGCAGUCGUGGUCCGAAUACGAUGAUCGGUUCGAAGAACUCGAGACCGACGAUGACGGCUUACACGGCGUUGAAUUGGAUCAGGGCUAUGUCCCAAAAAGAUUUGCUUCGGAUGAAUUGCGUUUUACUGGAAUAGACAUGGGUGCAAGGUCAGGUGCCCGCAGAAGGCACCCAGAUUAUUACGACGAUGACUAUACUCCCUCAGACGAGGAAUAUGAUGGUUCUACAGGAUUGGUCCGGCGUAGCCAAGGUCAAUUGAUGCUACGGGAGAAGGAGGAAGCCCUAGUUGAGAGAGCUCAGGAGAGAAUCCGGCGUGCUCGGGCUCUCGGUAAGACCAACGUCAAGUUGAGUCGCGCAGAGAUUGAUGCUUUGGACCGAUUAGAACGGAGCCAGAAUCCACCGCCUACCCCUCCUAUACCGAUGCCUGCUCCGAAAGCGGCUCCCAAGGGUAAGAAGGCUGCUGCGCCCAAGCAAAAAGCCAUCGAGUCCAAGAAGACUGGGAAGAGCAGCAAAUCUGGCAGCAAUUCCCCCAAACCCAAGUCAAAAGAGUCAAGAAGCCGAGGCCAGAGCGUCGCAUCUACACGUUCCAAAGGCAGUGCCAAGGAGGAGGCACUAGUACCCUACCCUGUCUCCCCUGACGAGCAGUAUGCCUAUCCACCGUGGUACGGUCGUCCUGGUGGACCAAACUCUCUGCAUCAAGAAGCUCGCGCUGGCUCAGCGUCCAGAAUGCCUCAACGUGAGCCUAUGCCGCCGAUGCCCUACUAUCACGCCUACAACUCGCACCCAGACGUCAUCUACGGCCCUCGACCUGGAUCCAACAGCUCAUAUGCCUCUCGACCUGAUCCAGCCGACCCUGAUUGGGAGCCCCGAGCCCGCUCUGCUUCGAGUCUGGUUAAUUUCCCACUCGACCAGCUCCCGCAGCAAGCAGUUGCUGGCACAGGGCGUGCACCACGCUUUGAUCCCGCCGAUCCUCGAUACGCCUCUCCACCUACUCGACGCGUCGUUUCCGGACCGCCUCGCGGCAGGCCAGAUGAGCUCUUCCUGCCCGAUGACCAAGAAGUCAUGCAAUAUCUCACCGAAUCAACUACCAACGAUGAGGCCCGCAGUACCUCCGAUUCGGAUGACAGCAGUCAGGGCGUGCAGGUCAAUGUUGAGGAGCGAGCAGGUGGUCAGUAUGCGAUACAGACGCGAGCGGCAGCACAGAAACGGAUUGGUAGCGGUCCGAGCAAGGGAGCUGCGAAAAAGCGAAAGUAG